CCGGGAGAGCCAGGGGAGGGGCCGGCCGCAGGAGGCGUCUCCUAGGGGAGGCUGCCACUGCAGGAUAAGGUCCGGACAGCCCAGAGGCAGGCAGGGAUGGCGCUGGCAGCGGCGGCGGCGGCCGCGGCGGCGGCGGCGGGGGUGAGCCAGGCGGCCGUGCUGGGCUUCCUGCAGGAGCGUGGAGGCAAGGUGCGCAACUCGGAGCUCGUGAGCCGCUUCAAGCCGCUGCUAGACGCUGGAGAUCCCGGCGGCCGGGCCGCCCGCAGGGAGUAUUUCAAGCAGUUCGUCAACGACGUGGCGGUGGUCAAAGAGUUAGACGGGGUCAAAUUUGUGGUGCUGCGCAAGAAGCUCCGCGCCUCCUGCGCUCCGAGGCCCUCGCCCACGACGCCGCCCGAAGCCGCUGGGGACCCGCUCCCGGGGGCCCCGGCCACCUCCGCGGCCCAGGAUCGGGCCGGGGGCCCUCAGGCUGAGCCGCCCCUACCAGCGUCCUCGGAUGCAGCGGCUGUCCCGGAGCACCCGUCUCCGUCCCCGAUGUCGGAGGAGCGGCCCCAGUCCCCGGACCAGGAAGAAGCCGCUGCUCCAGCCCCCGUCCCGGCCUCAGCCCCACCGUCCAACGGCGCGCCCGCGGGCCCUCCACGGAUCCCGGCUGCACCUGCGGAGCUAGCCCCCCCCCAACGGCAGAAGCCCUGCAUGCUGCCCGUCCGUUGCGUCCCGUCGGUAAUCCGCGUCCGGACUGAGGAACAGGGCCUGCGACGGCAGCUGUCGGAAGAGCCGGCGCAAGUGGCUUCGAGCCUGCUCCCAGUGCCCGGGGACUCCCCGCGGCUGCGGCGGCGGCUUUCGGUGGAGGAGGCGGGGCUGAGCCUCGCGCUGGGGGGCGGCCGGUCCCCCCACCUCCGGCGCCUGUCCCGGGCUGGCCCGCGCCUGCUAAGCCCCGAGGCCGAGGAGCUGCCCUCCGUCGUCCCGCAGCCGCCGCCCACUGUGCCCCUGGAGCCAGCCGAGCACGAGUGGCUGGUGAGAGCGGCCGGUGGCCGUUGGACUCACCAGCUUCACGGGCUGCUGCUUCGGGAUCGCAGCCUGGCGGCCAAGCGCGACUUCAUGUCAGGAUUCACUGCCCUGCACUGGGCAGCUAAAAGCGGCGACCGCGAGAUGGUGCUGCAGCUGGUGGAGGUGGCGCGCCGCGGGGGGGCGCCCGUCAACGUGAACGCCCGCUCGCACGGGGGCUACACCCCAUUGCACCUGGCGGCCCUGCACGGCCACGAGGACGCGGCCGUCCUGCUGGUGGAGCGCCUCGGAGCGCAAGUGCUGGUCCGAGAUCACAGCGGGCGGCGCGCCUACCAGUACCUGCGGCCCGGAGCCUCGUACGCGCUGCGCCUGUUGCUAGGCGACCCCGCCCUUCGCGGCCCGGCCGAGCCCGACGGCGCGGCCAAGAGGCCCGUGCAGGUCGCAGCCUCCAUUCUCAGCUCCACCACCAGCGCCUUCCUGGGUGUGCUGGCCGACGACCUGAUGCUGCAGGACCUGGCCCGCGGCAUCAGGAAGUCCGGUUCUUUCAGUAAGCUCCUGGGAGCCUCCCCCAUGGCUCCCCGCAAGAAGGCCAAGGCCAGACCCGGCCUCCCUGCCUUCCAUUCUGCUUCCGCCCAGGCCUCCGCCACGGGCUCCAAGCGCCGGCCGCCUACCGACCUCUUCCAGAGCCAUUAGCGCAGCGUGGCGUCACCAUCGCGGCGCGUCUGGCCACUACUGGCCCGCCUGCCCCGACCCUUAGCAUCCAUCCCCGGCCUCCACUGCCCAGGCCGACUUCCCACCCAGGUUCCCCACCCAGACUUCUCCGCGGCGCUGAGCCCCCCCC